GCAAGAUGGCAUCAGUCUGGAAGAAGAUUGGCGAGGCUUAGGACGGGGUCGGAUCGAGUAGGCCCCACUUAAUAUAUCAGGAUUGGUAAAAUCUGCCACCUGAAUACGUCCUAGGCCAAAACUACUUCACCUACUCAGCCCACGCCGAGAGAAGAGGUUCCAGGGGGUCGUCAUCCGCCAUCGAGGACCAGUAUCAACCACCGAGUCAUCCAACAACGGAGACAAGGGGAGGCCUGGACAUCACGAGACGUCACCUCGGGGAAUCAUCUACCCUCAAGAUCUUCUCCUCGGUUUGGCCGUAAGAUCGCCCUGAUGAUCUCCCUGGUACUACAGAUCACCCUUGGCCUGAUCCUAGCUGUCACAGAGUCCCUCACUGUCUACAUGGUAGGCAGAGCCAUCCUGGGCUUCGUCUGUGUCAGUGUCGUCUUCAGUGGCUUUGUACUUUAUUCACUACCAGAGACCACUUUCAUGCACAUGACACGAGAGGCAAGGCUAAGCUGGAUCUACCCCAACACUGGUUGGCCAAAACAGACAAAAUUAACAACCAAGAACAAGCAAAACGAACUAUUAAGAAGGGGAGGAUGAAGCAUCUUAAUAUAUAUAAGAAACUUUAUCGUAAGUAUUGAUAAACGUUUCUCCUAUAGUUGUUAACUAAUGUCAUUGACUAUUGGAUACUGAAGAAGACUUCCUAUUUAUAUGGUUAGCUAUGACUAAUUUGUUCUUAAAAAUGUAGAUGUGAGAAAAAGUCACAAAGUACACUUUAAAGUUUUAAUUACAAGUUUUAUACCUUACUAGCUGACCCGACAGACGUCGCCCUGUCCUAAUGUGGUUUUAUGUCAAAUGCUCGUUUAUUUUCAAGAUGACCUCGUUCACAUGGCUCAAUCAUGUCCUAGUCGAAGUUUGUUUGCUACGCUCACUCACCUUUAGGUUGGAGCUCGUUCGCUGCUCUCACUUGCCUUCAGGUUAGCUCGUUUGCUACGCUAACUCUCCUCCAAGUUGAAGUUUGUUCGCUACGCUCACUCACCUUUUGGUUACAAAUUAGCUGUUUUCAUAAAUUUAAAAAAUAAUAUUACUGCACCCUGUUGGUAAACAUAUUAACUUUUUAAUGUUAUUGCACAUCACAGAAUUCUUUUGUUUAGUUGAUCCAGCUGUUAAGAUUCUAUGAUUCCAUUUUAAUAUAUGUACGCAUAAGAUUAACUUGGGAAACUCCAGAACCACUGGGGUAGAGCCCUUUUAACCACCAAACUUCACACAAACCAUCCUUGAAUAAUGCUUAAUAAUGCCUGAAAGUUUCAUUACAAUCUGUCUAGUGGUUUUGGAGUCCAUAAAGGGCAAACAAACAAACAAACAAGCAAACAAACAUACAUUGGUAUUAUAUAGACUGUCCCAAAAGUCCCGGACCGGUUUAAUAUU